CUCCCACAGCUUCAAACUACAUUUUCAGUUGGAGAAAGCCCAGAACUUGCAACAACAAAUGCCAUCUCUUCCGACCCCAACUUUUUCUUCCUAGACUCCCUGGCCCUUCCUUACUAUUUAUACCCAUCCACACACUCUCAAAAGCCAAACUAUAAACUCCCUCCCGACGGCGAUGACGGCGACUUCACUCCUCCCGCUCCUCCCCUACGCCGCCACCUUCCUCCUCUUCCUCCUCCUCCUCGAACAACUCUCCUACCUCUCCAAAAAACGCUCCCUCCCGGGCCCCACCGUCGUCCUCCCUUUUCUUGGCAACGCAAUCCCCCUAGUCCGCAACCCGACCCGCUUCUGGGACAUCCAAUCAUCUCUCGCCAAGUCAUCCCCCGACGGCCUCUCCGCCAACUACAUCUUCGGCCGCUUCAUCCUCUUCGUCCGCGACACCAACCUCUCCCACAAAAUCUUCGCUAACGUCCGCCCCGACGCCUUCGCCCUCGUGGGCCACCCCUUCGGCAAAAAACUCUUCGGGGAACACAACCUCAUCUACAUGACUGGCCAAGCCCACAAGGACCUACGACGUCGUAUAGCUCCUAACUUCACCCCAAAAGCCCUCUCCACGUACACUGCGCUCCAGCAGAUCAUUAUCCUCCGACAUCUGAAGAACUGGCUCCGAAUAUCAUCACGGUCCGGCCAGGACCCGGUCCCGCUGCGGUUCCUGGUCCGCGACAUGAACCUCGAGACCUCCCAGACAGUUUUCGUCGGGCCCUACCUUGACCCCGCAGCCCGCGAGCGGUUCAAGUCCGAUUACAAUUUCUUCAACGUCGGCCUGAUGAAGCUGCCGAUCGACCUCCCCGGUUUCUCUUUUCGUAACGCGCGACUUGCGGUGAGCCGACUGGUCGAAACGCUGUCGGAUUGCGCCAAAGAGAGUAGGAAGAGAAUGGACAAUGGAGGCGACGACGUCGAGCCUACUUGUCUAAUCGAUUUCUGGAUGCACGGAACCGCGGGUGAAUCUGGGUCGAUCGAACCGGCUCCGGCUCACGCCAGCGAGGCCGAGAUAGGUGGCCACCUAUUCGACUUCCUCUUCGCGGCUCAGGACGCUUCGACGUCGUCGCUGCUGUGGGCGGUGACGCUGCUCGACUCGCACCCGGAGGUCCUGGAGAUGGUCCGGCAAGAAGUAGCCGGGAUUUGGUCGCAGGAGUGUGACUCUCCGAUAACGGCCGAAAUGCUCUCGAAAAUGAAGUACACCCACGCGGUGGCGCGCGAGGUAGUGAGGUACAGAGCUCCUGCGACGAUGGUCCCGCACAUUGCUGCCGUUGACUUUCCGUUAACGGAGACGUAUACGAUCCCUAAAGGCACCAUUGUGUUCCCCUCGGCUUUCGAGUCAUGUUUUCAGGGCUUCACGGAGCCGGAGCGGUUCGACCCAGACCGGUUUUCGGACGAGAGGCAGGAGGACCGGGUUUACAAAAGGAAUUACUUGGCGUUCGGGGCCGGGGCCCACCAGUGCGUGGGACAGAGGUACGCCUUGAACCACCUUGUACUCUUCAUCGCGAUGUUCUGUACGUUGAUUGAUUUCAGGAGGCACAGAACGGACGGCUGCGAUGACAUCGAGUUUGUCCCGACUAUCUGCCCCAAAGACGACUGCAUGGUUUUCCUGUCCCCGAGAUGCACGCGAUUCCCCGCCGCCUCUUCGCCAUGAGCGAUUAGUCAAAAAUGCCCUGGUUGCGUCGGAUUUAAUUUGUUCGUUUUAAGGUUUACAAGAAGUUUCUAGGGUCCGGUCAAACAACGAGCUCUUCCGUCGUCGUUUCGUGCGUUCAAUUGUGGGUUUCUCAUUUGUGUACAGAUGUUUGAGAUGGAGGGCUACGAUUCUUUGGAAAAAGUGUGUAUUGUUACGUCCAUUUGGUGGAUACUUGGUGGAUGAUCGAGACGAUAAUCCUUCCGUUUAAUGUUAUUUAAUUGUUUUAUUGGCCAGCCUUGUUUAUCUUGAAUAUUUAAACCA